GUAUGUACACCCAGAUGUAUGUAUGUACACACGCCAAUGUGUGCGUGUGUUGAAGACCCGAAGAUUUUCUAACCUGGAUAAAAUAUACAUCACAUCAAUAUAUCGCCAUGCAAUGCUGAGCACUUGAACUAGAAGCCACUACAAAGAUACAGCAUACUGGAUACAGGGUACAGGGUACAGGGUACAGGAUACAGGAUACAGCCAACAUGUCGCUGGUCCACACGUUUCUCGGAACCUGGGAGAUUGUCUGCUGCACCUUCGAGGAGAAGCGUGAGCUAUCUGGCCUAGAGGGAAUCAAAUUUCGCCUAGACGAUACCAGCGAUAUUACUUGGUAUAAUGAUUUGGUCAGUCCACUUCCUGAAACACAAGACUGCGGCACUUUCUGCGACUCGGCGAGUGUUUUAUUUAGCUGUGAGACCUUCGAUGUGCACGAGACGAAUCCCCGUCUCGUGUUUGGAGCCUUUGCCGGCCACAGCAUUGAGUUUAGCACCAACACCUUAACACCGACUGAUACGCUGGUGCUCAGUUGUGAGAACUGGUACGCCGUCGAAUGCAAGCGACUGCAAGACGGCCAGGCUGCCGGUCAGGAGAAGCAACUGAGCUUUGGCGAAGCCCUGCAGGAGUCCUACUUCAGCGAUGUGAUGGUUAAGAGCGCCAAUGGAUUGGAAUAUGCCCUGCAUGCCUCCAUUCUGCGGCUCAACGGAUUCGACUGCAGUAUGUGCGUUAACAGUGCUCCGGCAUCAUCGCGACAAGUCGUCAAAAGUGCACCUGGAACUGGACCUUGUCAUAGCGGACCAAACACACCCAAUCCCAAUCCGAAUCCAAUUCGAAUUUCCGUGGCCCACGCCACCGGCGAUGAUGAGCACCAGAAGUCAUUGCCGCGCCUGAAUCUAUCGCCCAUUUAUCUCCAGCCCCCCUGUGAUUUCCAGACUCUGGCGGGUCUGGGGGCCCAACGAGUGCACCAAUUCAGCAGCAGCUUCAACUGCCUCAGCAAUGGCAACGAUUCGGAACCGGCGAUCAGUGCAGGGGGCACAGGCACGGGCCUGCUCAGCGUCGAGUGCGGUGGUGGCAUGUAUCGAUUUCCGCCUACCUCACAUUCCGACUCGCACCUGGAAACGUCGCAGUCCCACUGCAAGAACAUAUUCAAUUUUUGUCAGGAUCUAAUAAUACAGCCAACCCCAUCCCCGUUGCUGCCUGCGGGCGGAUUGAGCGCUGGCCUCGCUGUAUGCAGCAUUAGGCGACCGCCUUUGUCGCCGUAUCGGGCCCGCAGCCCUUCGCCGUUUCCCAGCUCCAUGGACACGCCGCCGUCGUCCCCACUGACACCGGUAGGCGUUCUGUGCAACUUGCCCACUUUCCUCUUGAGCCCCAUUCUUCACUGGCUGUACACGGAGUCCAUGCUCCCGGACCUUGAGGAGGAUGUCUGCGAGAAGCUGAUAGACUUUGCCGAAUCGCAGCCAUCGCUGACUAAACUGGUAGAGCCAACGCGCAAGUACCUGAGGCUGAUGAAACUGAAAAAAUUUGUUGUCAACGUGACUAUGAAUCUACAUGGGAUCCUUAAUCGCGUUAUACAGUGCAUCAAUCCCGUGAGCAUCUCACACGAGCCUGCGCAGCUGUGUGUCACGUUUCAGGAUGCGUUGCGAGAGUGUGCCAUAGGUUGCGCGAAGGUACUGCAAUUCUGUAAUAUUUUCAUCACGGAUGCCACACAUAUGACGCGAUAUCAGAAGAAUGAAAUUGUCAAGUAUAUCCGCACCCGUAUUCCAAUUUUCAUGUCACAAAUACAGCAGCUGCUGCGCAACGUGCUCGGUGUCUUUGUGGGACUAACUGUCGAGGAGAAAGCCGAGCUGGUGAACUAUCUAGUACCUGAAAUUGAAUCCACAUUAUUUGUAUUAACUGCUGUGAUAGAAGAAAUCAAAAACUCGUUGGAAAUUAUGUGCAAGGACCUUAAUUGCUCCCAUUUGGAACUGCCACAGCAACAGCAGCAGGCAGAUGAUGCUAUUGUCAUGCAACUGCACUAUGUCGAUCCGGGCGGCGGUGAACCUUCGGUGCCACGGCCCCGUCGCGGUGCUCCCGUGGGUCUUACACUCUACGACAAUCACCACACGGACAAGAAGCGUCUGAGCUCCGCCGAGAACGAUCUGAAAUUCGUUCUCUACAUGUAUGAAGUGCGGAAAAUGCGUGACAUUUACGGACGGAUUGUAGCUGCCCUUGAAAUAAUCAAUGAUAAAAAAACGACAUUCUGCGACAUGGAUUUCCUAAGCAAGAUUAGUACAAUUAAUCAAAACUUAGAGCAGCUGAUUGUUGACAUUCCCGCAUAUAUUUUCAUAGUCGAGAACAUGUCUGAUCGCCUCGAUGACAAAUUGGGCUGGAAGGAGUUUAAGUUUUGCUUUAAGCUGGCCACCAGUCAGAUUAACGGCGUUAUCGCAAAGCUUCUGGAUCACAAGAGUGCCCUACGAGACGCCAUCAGUCAGAUAUGUAUGCUGGUGCACAAGGAGGAAUUCACGCAGUCUCUUAUUGAACUGGGACUAUUGGACUCCAGUGGCUCCUCCAGUGGGGAGGCGAGCCAAGAUUUGAAAAUGGCCGAUCAUGAAAAUAACCUGAAUGUGAGCUUGAGUAAUGCGGAACAGCUUCGACUCAAUCAACAGCAUUAUUAUGACUACAAGAGCAUUAAGUUAAAUCUCAUUCGACAUCUUUGCGAACCACCGAUUGCAGCCAACAGCAAUCUGUCGAAGAACGCACUCCGCUUGUUGCACUCCACCCAGCUGGCGGACAUGGAGUUCGAGGUGCACACGCAUGCAUCAACCGGAAAUGCGUUGGACACAGAGGCCACGCCGACAUCAACAUCAGCCUCCACCGGAGGAGGAGAACCUGCGUCAUCAGCUUUGCAGGUGCACAGCUUCAAGGCACAUCGCGUAAUUGUCGCUGCUCGAUGCGAAUGGUUUAAGAAGGCCCUGAUGUCUGGCAUGCAGGAGUCAAUCAAUAGAAAAGUCAUCAUCACGGACACCUCGCCGGUGAUCUUUCGCCGCUUGCUGUUGUACCUCUAUGGGGCACCAAUUGAUCGUACGGUGGGGGCCGAGCAGGUCUGCGAACUGAUGCUAUUGGCAGAUCGUUAUUCCAUUGAUGAUCUAAAAGAACUGUGCGAGAAUACAUUGUACUCUCUGAUUGACGAGGACUCGGUGGUCUGUCUUCUGGGCAUUGCGGAUAGAUACAUGGCUACUGCUCUGAAGUCGAAAUGCCUCUCAUUCCUAUCCCAGCAUUCACAGCUCACCAAGUGCGAAAUAUUUAAGGAAUUGCCGCAAACCCUCCAGCUAGAGGUAAUGGAUCUAAUACAUUGGUUCGGCCGUGUUUCGGAGCCUUGGAACGAUCGUGGAUUCAAGCCGCGCAGUAGUUCUCGGCAUAGCCUCAAGAGCCCCUCGAAGCCACGUUCGCGAUCCCGAAAGUCCUCGCCAUCCUAUAUGUGACGCCGGCAAAGCGCCACUGAACACACGACGAAUGCCAACUUCUUGUGAUAAUUCUAGAAGACUUCGGAAUCGAAUGAAACGGUAGUCUGUAAGGGUGACACGGAUGGUAACAUGGUAACAAGAGGAAGGGCUAUGGCUUAGUCAGAUGCCAAAAUAGCAAACAAAAAAUUACGAAAAGGUGUGGUUCACAAGGCUAAUAUGUACUAGGACUUUCACUUUGACUCUGGUCUCAGUAGCAUAACUAAAAAUCAAGCCAAAACUCAAAGGGAAAAACCGGCAAAAAUUACCUGAUUUUAAAAGUUUUUUAUUUAGUUCUCUAAUAUGUAGAUAGAAAUAAUUUGAUCACUCGUAUUACUCGUAAAUACAUACAUACAUAUGUAGGUAUUUAUAUACUAUUGAGAACAAAAAAGACCGCGCAGUAUAACAUUUUCUCUCUAAUUAAUUGAUGUACGAGUGUAUAUGCAACAA